AUGGUAAACUUGGCCACGUACUUGUUGGAAGGCGAGGCGGAGAACUGGUGGCAGGGCUUACAACGGAGCGUCCCGCCCACAUAUGCAUGGACAUGGGCUGGGUUUAAGACGAAGUUUCUUGAAAAAUACUUCCCCCGGUCAUGUAGGAAUGAGAAGAUAGCUCAGUUCUUAAAGCUGGAGCAGGGCAAUCUGACCGUCGCCCAAUAUGAGGCCCGGUUCGAUGAACUUUCUCGAUAUGUGUCGAAAGCCCUGGAAGAUGCUGAGUACAAAUUACAGAAAUUCAAGGAGGGGCUUCGACAGGGAAUCCAGUCGCGACUGUGUGCUUGGGACUUCGAAGACUUCGCCGAGCUGGUGGAUAAGGCUAUGAGAGUCGAAAAGGAUUUUGAACGCACCCUAAGGACCCGUUCCUCAGCUAGGGAAGCCCCAGUCAGGCCCAGACAAGCGCCUCCGGCCCCAUCUGCAUCGGAAAGGAGGGCCAGGGUCAUACCCGCAGGUGCACCACCCAUGCCUACCAUAAGAGGCUGUGAGUACUGCCACAAGAUCGGGCACUCUGCACGAAGUUGUUUCAAAAAGAUGAGAGACGAAGGCAUCGCUCCACCAGCAAGUCACCCGCAUCCAGGAUCCGUAGCUACCAAGGCAGCACUAAGGCCGCAGAUGCAGAGAAUGGGACCUCCAGUCCACCAGAGGGCCCCUGCUCGAGUAUUCACUGUAGCCACGGCAGACACCGAGGAAGACCUCCAUCAGACCAUUCACGGUACCGCUCACAUACAUGGUACCCCUGUCUUUCUCUUAUUUGAUUCCGGUGCAACCUUAUCUUUCAUGGAUUCUACUAUUGCAAAUAGACUAGGGCUGAACAUAACUCGCAUACAUGCUCCCUUAGUCGUAGCAUCCCCCAUGGGUAAAUUCCUCGAAACAGAUAAGAUAUGUAAAGAUUGUCCCCUAACUCUCGCAUACCAUGAAGUGGCUGUGGACCUAAUCCUCAUGCCUAUGAAACAAUUCGACAUCAUCCUCGGGAUGAAUUGGCUUUCUCGAGCCCAAGCAGUAAUGGACUGCCGCAACAAAACGGUCACCAUAACUGUCCCUGGACAGGCCUCCUUCAUCGUAAAAGGAAAAAGUAAGCACGGUACGCUGGAAAGAUUACAAGCCCUUGAAGAAUCAGAAUCAGUUGAAUCCGCUGUGAGCCAAAUCCCAGUGGUGCGGGAAUUCCCUAAAGUAUUUCAAGAGAUACCAGGUCUACCCCCAAGGCGAGUAGUAGAUUUCUUCAUCGACCUCAAACCAGGAACUGCCCCCAUAUCAUUACCCCCGUUUUGA